CAAACCACAAACCAAAGCUGCAAGUUCCCUAGGAAACUCCAAAGAUGGUCCGACCUUCAACAAAGAGACAUCUACACUUUUGAACUGGACUUUAACAGCAGAAGAACCGCUUUGGAGCUGAACUUUACGGGCAGGUGUAACUGUAAGCAAUCGCAUUCGAUUCAGUGAGGUGCCCCAUGUUGACCCGUGAACAGAAAUGGGCCGAACCAUGCGAUGCGUCCCUGUCCCGUGAGAAGUCUGAGAGCGCACGGCACCCAUCACGACAGCAGGCUCCAUGGCACGGAACUCCAUAGUCAAACAAAGACUACAGCUCCAAGUCACAAACCAGAGAGGGGUCCCACCUCUUAAAACAUUUCCAGUACAUCAACAUGGAUCAUCUUCUCCAAACACCGGUGCCUAUAGCAACAGCAUGCUUCAGGGGAGGUCUCUUAGAGACUCAAGAAACCUCUCGGAAAAAAACGCCAGGAAAGCAUUCACAGCCAAAAAAGCGCUGCUCAUAGCAUGUGGAGUGCGAUGUGUCCUGUCACCACGACCCUCCAACUGCUCCACAACGUCACCCCAUAAAGACGAGAAAGACAGAGCUCAAUCCACCUCUGCAGGAGAACAGGAAAGCGGUAGAGACUGUGUCGAAACAAAGAGCGAGCUGAAAAUAUGGGAUGCAUACACUGUGAUAAAAAGAACAGGGGAGAGAGAAAGAGCGCGGAGCGGUAUUCACAGACGGAGAGUCCCGCCGGAUUCAAGUCACCGGCCCUCCACUGUCCCCCUGGAGAAUGAGAGGGGACGCCGAGCACUGAGCACACCAGAAACCCCCAUAUGUAAGAUUCUCUGGAGAAGAAAAGAUGACCAAAACAUCCUUCAAGAGAGACCUCAACAUUUUACCGAUGAGGAGAAUCUCAGUCUAACCCCAUUACUCCAUCUCUACCUGCCUUCGUCAUAUCAGCCGCAGGAGCCGAGAGAAGAAACAGCACCCGGACAGGAAAACAGCUCAGAGGCGCGAGACGUCGCCGAGCCCGACAUCGCCACGGAGAGCCAAAAACAAGACAUCACCGUCGAUGAAACGGCAGACGAAGGACAAAACGGUUUCACAGACGACAUGCGGUAUGAUCUUACAGACACCUGGGAGAACGACACUCCCGAGGUAACUUUUGAGAAUGACCUGACUGAGGAAAGACGUCCCCAAGACGUCACGGGUGACAACAGACAACACGAAAUCAUAGAGAAUCAAUGCGACGCGGGCCGAUCUUUAAGUAUUGCAGAGGACGAGCAAGAAUAUGACUUUACAGAGAAGACUGAAGGCGUAUAUAGGAGAACCACAUCUAACAGAGGUUCUCACAAAGCUCCUGAUCUCAAACUCUCAGUCAAAACACGUUAUCCGUCCACAGCUACGCCGCUGACGUUCCCGUCUUCCCUGGCGGCCAGAAAUCCCUCUCCCGCUCUCAGCGUCCUGCCAUCGUUUUAUGGAACGUCAUUUGGCUAUCGCGUCAGAACCACAUCUGAGCCCCGCCGAUCCAAAACGAGGACCAGAAAAGCCGUUGAUGACAGCAGAACUGCACGGCCCAUGAAUGACAUGAGACUUACCAUAGAAAUAAAAGGAGACCCCUGCUUGUUGAAAACAAGGGCUGGAGUGCCAGUCAGCCCCCACCCCGAAAUAAUGAGCGCCGAGAGGGGGUCCCACCCUCGUAAAACCAAAACCACCAAGACGUUUCUGUGGGGACCCGGAGGGGCCCCUAGAGACCAAGACAGUGUGUGAGCUGCACAGUCCUGCGAACAGGUGGAGAAGCCUGGAUUAAGUGACGGCACAUUCCUGUCCAGUACAGAACAUCUGCUUUGUUAAAUGAAGUUUGAUGGAAUCUAAGUGGUGCGGACUGGCAUGCUAGACCUAUUUAGGUCUGACAGCUCGGCUUUGAGAAGAAUGGCUUCAGCACAGGCUGCAGUGUUGAGUUAAGUCCAGCAGGGAAGAGUGAUGGACUUUUUAGGUUUUCUUUCUGACACCCAUAUGGUCUUCCUCAGUGAAAGGAGCUUAAGCUCUAUUGACACAGAUUA